AUGUCCCAUGAUAUCAUCACGCAGGUGACGCCCGAGUCGUCGUAUCUGACCCUUGGAGCCACGCAGACAAACAAUACGCUAGCACCGCACCCUAACGGGGAGGAAUCCUCCGACUACAAUUCGCUAAUACAUUUGAAUAUCAGAGGCAAAGAGUUUACCAUCACACGAGAUGAGUUGAUGAGUUUGCCCGAGAGUAUACUACUUUGUCUUUUCCCCAAUGGCGUCUUUUUGGAUUCCCAGGGGCAGAUCAUAUCGAAUUUGACGGAAAACGAUGUCGUGUAUGUCAACUUUGAUCCCGGGUGUUUCCAGUAUAUCAUUGAUGUGUUUUCCAAAGCUCAGCAAGAAUUGGAGCAAAUGCCGCAGCUUCAGCAUCAACGAGAACAACACCAGCAACAACAGCAACAACAGGGGAGCAAUCACUUGAGUCCCGUUCAGUCUCAUACCAGCGCCACGAGAAAUCACCAGGAAAACAUCUUACAGACCAAGCCCGCCAUUAUCGUUUUGCGUGAAGAUUUGGAUUUUUACGUGAUCCCCCCCAUUGCCGGGUUAAACAUGGAAGAGAUGAAGCAGUUGAAACGAGGCGUGAGUAAGGAAUUGUUGAAGAACAAGUUGAUCUUUUCAGGAUUGGGCUAUAAAUUUAGCGACGAUCUGGAUUUGAUCAGUGAAGAAACCGGUGAGAAAUUGCAGGAUGCAAACGAAAAACAGGACAACAGCCAUGGGUUGGGUCCUGCUGAACAGCACUUGUUUGACAUGUUGUGCGGGUCCGGGUUUGAAGUGAGGGACAAGUGGGGGUCACGAAGUUUGGAGCCGGGUAAAUGUGUGAUUUCGUCGUUGUCCUUGGUGAGAUUACGCACUCCUGGCUCGGCGAGCCAAAAGCUGGAUACUCCUGCACCUACCCCGCCCGACUCACCUGCGUUGACCCCAGUUGCAUCCACAGCCAGUGCUAGUGGCGGUAACGGUGGCAGUGGCAGUGGUGGCGCCACUAAGGAGAGGUCGCGUUCUAGAUCGAGAAUUGCCCAAUUGGCCAAUAGUGCCACGCGUGCCGCCUCGCGGUCGCUCUCGUCGCUGAAGAAACCAAAAGUUGAUCCCAACCAGACCAAGUUGCUCUUGUUUUGGAGGAAACCUGCUAGAAAGUGUUGGUGGUCCCAUGGGUUGAUUACAAUCACCAUUGAUGCUCCGGACUUGGCCGAGUUUGAGGGCAAGAUUAAAGUCAAGGUUCAUGUACGUCGAGUGUGGACUUUGGAACUUUCCGUCAUUGGUGUGCAAUAG